AUGCUCGGAUUCACGGAUUGCGAGAUGGCGAACGCCGUCAAUAAAGCUGGUGGUCUAGGCUUCAUCGGCGGCGGCUUUGACUUCAAGCCCGAAUCAGCACAACUGGUCGAGCUAGACAAAACCCUAUCAAAAGCCCGUUCAAUUGCAGGACUCACAUCUCCGACAGAACCCCUGCCUAUUGGUGUCGGUUUCAUCACAUUCAGUCCCACAGGCUUUGAAAAUGCCGUCACUAUCUUGCAAAAGCACCGAGUAGCCGCAAUCUGGCUCUCAUUUCCAAAGGCAGAUAUUGACCACGGAUCUCUCGUUCGAAUGAUCCGAGACUCUCAGAAACAGAGUGACUGGGACACUAAGGUAUUUGUACAGGUUGGUACUGUACAAGCAGCCAAAGAGGCCAUUGAUGAGGGCGUGGAUGUUCUCGUUGUGCAGGGUACUGAUGCGGGUGGGCAUCAAUGGGCGCAGGGGGCUGGUCUUAUGUCACUUCUGCCGGAGUUCGUCGCAACUGCAGAGUGUCCUGCGCCAGAGCAGAUAAAACAGACAAUCGUCUCGGCCACCGACGGUGCUAUUUCGACGGUUAAAUCGGUCCAGCAUGACGUCUUUCAAUCCACUGAUGUUUGGCCCGCGCAAUAUGAUGGCAGAGCUGUGAUUGGAGUCAGCUAUACUGAUUCCCAGUCGGGUGUUACCAACGAAGAGGUUAUCCAGCGGUAUAACGAUGCUAGAAAGAUGGGACAGGACCAUCGACGAACAGUAUGGGCGUAUGUGACUUGA